UUGAAGGUAGCUGCCAUGGUAGCGCUACUGGUGGGUGUGGCCAUGGCCUCAAAGGAAGAAGAGAGGCUCAUGGCAGAAGAGAGUAGGGUAAAGCAGGUCACUGAAGCCAGCAGAAUCGCCGCUGCACAGCAGGCGUCCAAGUUCGACGCAGAGAUGGCCCGAAUGAACGACGCGAUCUUUCCUCAUCAACACCAUGAAAAGCAAUGGCACCACGUGAGCUCCAGCGAGAUGCAACAGCACUAUAAGCAAGUAGCUGAUGCAACUGCUGCUGUGGAGAACACAGACAAGUCUUAUGCUAAGGUGGCGAGCCAUCAUGCUGUACAGCAUCCCGAAGCUGCUGCCGCCAAGGUCCCAGCGCACAAGCAGCAUCAUUUCCUUGCUUCUCAUGACAAGGCCGCUGUUGCAAAGCAAGCGGAUGAAGAAUUGCAGCGCAUUGAGAAGGUGACUGAAUCUGCCUUCCCCAAUGAGCAGGGCAAGCAUGGUCAGCAGGAGACUGCGAAGGAGAUGGAGGCGAGGAGGGAGCAGGAGGUGGAGUCGACACUCCCUGCCCGCUUCAAGGAACAGGCCAAGCAAGCAAGACACGAGCUCAAUGCAAAGCUGGAAGAGAUUCGCAAUGCCAGGAAGAGUGUGAAUGCUGCAGGGAAGUGGAGGCACUUGGCAUCUCGCCGUAUCCAGAAGAUGCAUCAAGCUCACCGUCUCUUGGCUCGUUCAGUCGCCCACCAGAAUCAUCAGGCUGCCCCUUCUCACCAGAAGCCCAUGUCAAGUGAUGAGGAGAUUGGAGCAGCAGGCACAGAUGUUGUCUUCUUGGGAGCUCACCAGGCUGGAUACGCCAAGCAUCCAAAGCAGAACUUUCGCCGACAUCACGUGACCAGGAACAAGGUGCUUGCUUAAAAUAGAUUGCAGGUGUAGAGGAAGCGAUUUGAGUUGUCUUGACUGUACUGGCAAUAGAGAAAGACAGUUCCAGUGCGCAGACGAAGUCGAGGGAAGUUGAGUAAAAGUUUGAUGAUUGUC